AUGCGUGCAGCGCCGUGCGCAACGGAUGCGCCGGUGGCGCUGACGACACGCGCAGUCCUUGCGCUUGUUGGGCGCGUAACAGAUGGCGAGACAAGCGUGGCAGACAAGCAGGCAGCGCUCACGACGCUGCUCGACGCAUAUACCCACUUUACGAUGCACAAAAGUGCACGCGCGGUCCUGGAACGUGCAUACGGCGCUCUGUUUUCGUGCUUAGACGAGUCGGCCAUCCAAGAAGCGCUGUGCAUUUUGCUUUGCUGCCUCACGCGGCGCGGGCAUGUGCGUGCGUUCCGCAUCCGCAAAGUGCGGACGCUGUAUGCCGGUUCGGCGCGCGAUCCUGGUUUGUAUGCAUUGCUCGAUACGUACGCAACGUACUACCCUGCCUUGCUGCUUCCUGUAGAGCAGCCGGCAUCUCAUACGCAGCGUGAGCGCCAGAGCCACGCGUCGGCGACGUUUGCGCUUUGCUUGCGGCACUGGGCACGCAGCCUGGCGCAGCUCGUCUUGCCAGACAUUGUCCCAGGGCUUUGCAUCCAUGCGGGCGAUGCUACUCAGUCGCGCGUUCCGCGGCUGCUGUAUCUUGCAUUGCUUCUGGGUGUAGGAAUGCCGCACCACGAAGCACCACAGCGCGACGCAGUGGACCAAGACAUUGGCGCGCGGAUUGCAACGUCCUUGGGCCGCGUCAUGGCCGUGAACCAUGUCUACCAGAUUCGACAGCAAAAACGCGUCAAUGCACGGCUCGAGGACGAUGUGAAGCUAGGGCCCGGACAGAUACCCUGCUUUGACCCGAUCGCCAGCGCCGUGCUGGACCAAGUAUACCUGCGAUGCGCCGCCAUAAACAAUGUCCCGCCCACCCUCUUUACCUUCCUCGCGCAUGUAGUGCAGUCGAUGGGCGCUGAUGCGGUGGAGCGCUUGCGCGACGGACAGAUUGCGGAGUGGGAGCGUGUGUGGUAUCCUACCGUCGUCGCAAUCGCGCGGCUUUUUUCGCGCUUGCACCCGGCGCCAUGGGACGAAUUGGUCGGGACGCUAGUGCGGCCCUUGUGCCAUUUGGCCACCAUGGACGGCGUAUCGGAUUUAAUGUCUGCCACCGUCGUCCAAGGCCUCGUGCGUUUACUCGAGCAUUGGUCAUGCACCGCACCGCACGCACAGGACCGCAUUUGUGCACUGCGCCAGUGGCUGCUCGAGCUCGAAGAGGCAGUGCUCAUGGACGGAGACCCACCGCUUCCUAUAUACCACGCUGCACUCGACCUGCACCUCGCUCUCGCACGCACAGGAUGCAAAGAGGGCACGCACGCCUUUUAUCCGUUUCCCUUUUUCCUCCUUGCGAUGCCGUCGGCUAUGGCUGGUUCUGUAGCGACACUCGCACGUCUCUGCCAGAUUGUGCUUCUUUUGCGCACUGCCGUGAUGCAGACGGCGCAUGCGCUCGAUGUCGACGCGGUCAACGCCAUGCUUCUCGCACUGGUCGAUAUGCUGUGGAGCGGCAGGGCCUACGGUGCCAUCAUGCAGCACGGCCUACGGAUCGACGGCCAGAUUGCACUGGAUUACGGCACGGCACAGGCGCUCAAACAGGCGGCGGAUGCGUGCCGCAUUGUACCUUUUGUUCUCGUCGCGUCUUUGUCGCACAGCGCUUUGCUCGCGCCGCUGUUUGAGCAAUUUUGCAAUACGCGCCUGCUUCCUCCGGCGCAGCAGAGACCGUUUUUGCGUGGGCCUAUCACACCAUCUGCACUUCGCCCUGCGCGAGCGUUUGGUCUUCCUGCAAACCUGCCCUACGCCGAGAUCCGCGUGCAGUUCCUUGCAUGGCUCGCUGAGCGCCACGCACCUGAAUUUUCGCAGCUCUUGCAAGCGACAGUACCUUCCUUGCAAGCACGUCCACAGUAA